AUGUCGAACAAUGUAGUGAACCCUCUUCUCUAUGCCUGGUUGAAUCCAACAUUCCGGAAGCUCGUUGUCACCACUAUUUUUGGAAGCGUCGGGAAAAGGGGAAGCUUGAGAAUGAUCAACCGACCAUGGGUUUACAGGAGUUUACCACCAAGGAGCCAAACCGAGAAGCUAAACGACUUGCAAACGCCUAUCACGGCAGAAACGCCAGCAGCUGAAACGGAUACGAAGCUAAUCGAGUACGAUGACAGCGACACAUUCGUCUAA